GCGGCAGGACGACGAGUUUCUCCCCGAGAAACUCCGUAAAAAGUCCUCCCAAAACUUUCUAUCCUGCCGUGGUCGAAUAAAAAAACCCCUACGUGGAUUAAUUUCUCUAUCACACGGAAUAAACCAUUUUGCCCCCCUUUCAAAAAGUGACGUCAGCUGGGUCCUCAUGCUCGGCCCCGCCCCUUCUUUCCCGCCCUCCCAGCCCGCCGCCGUGUUUGUCCCGGGCUGCAGCUGAACCGGACCGCCGCCGCCGCCGCCUGGUGGAGGGGCGUCCGCCGGAGCCCCGUCGCGGGCAGAGAGGCCCGUACCGUCCCAGCCACUCGAAGAUGAACAAACUGAGCUUCAACAACAACAAAACCAUGCAGGACCGCCGCUGCGUCUGUGUAUUUCUGCCCAACGACGACACGCUCAACAUCAUCGUCAAUGUGAAGACUUUGUCCCAGGAACUGUUGGUCCAGGUGUGUGACCUCCUCAGACUGAAGGACUGUCACCUGUUUGGACUCAGCGUCAUCCAGAAUAACGAACACAUCUACAUGGAGCUGGACCAGAAGCUUUCCAAGUACUGCCCCAAGGAGUGGAAGAGGGAAGCCAGCAAGGGCAUCGACCAGUUCGGCCCCCCGAUGAUCAUCCACUUCAGAGCUCAGUAUUACGUAGAGAACGGGAGGCUGAUCAGCGACCGCGUAGCGCGGUACUACUACUACUGGCACCUGAGGAAGCAGGUGCUGCUGUCCCAGUGCAUCCAGAGGGAGGAGGCUUACUUCCUGCUCGCGGCCUUCGCCCUGCAGGCCGACCUCGGAAACUUCAAACGCAACAAGCACUUUGGGAAGUACUUUGAACCCGAGGCCUACUUCCCCCCGUGGGUGAUCGCUAAGCGAGGCCGCGACUACAUCCUGAGACACAUCCCCAACAUGCACAAGGACCAGUUCGCCCUGACGGCCUCGGAGGCUCAUCUGAAAUACAUCAAGGAGUGUGCUCAGCUGGACGACGUCACGGUGCACUACUACCGCCUCUACAAGGACAAAAGAGAAGUGGAAGCGUCUCUCACAUUGGGACUGACUCUACGUGGAAUCCAAAUAUUUCAGAACGUGGGCUCGGUGCGGCAGCUCCUGUACGACUUCCCCUGGACCAACGUGGGCAAGCUGGUGUUCGUGGGGAAGAAGUUUGAGAUCCUGCCCGACGGCCUGCCCUCGGCCCGGAAGCUCAUCUACUACACCGGCUGCCCCGUCCGCUCGCGCCACCUCCUGCAGCUGCUCAGCAACAGCCACCGGCUCUACAUGAACCUGCAGCCCGUCCUCAAGCAGGUCCGCCGGCUGGAGGAGAACGAAGAGAAGAAGCAGUACCGGGAGUCGUACAUCAGCGAUGCUCUGGAUCUGGACAUGGACCAGCUGGACAAACGCUCGCGGGCCAGCGGCAGCAGCGCCGGCAGCGUCUCCCACCACAAGCGUCUGUCCCGCCACUCCACCACCAGCCACGGCAGCUCGCACACGUCCGGCAUCGAGGCCGACAGCUUCCGGGCCCCGGGCCAGCCGGCCCACCGGCCCCUGAGGACCUGCAGCUCCUCCACCACCAGCCACGGCAGCUCCCACACCUCCGGCAUCGAGAGCAGCGGCAAGGAGCGCAUCCUGGACGACGACGCAGAGAUCGAGAUGCUGGUGGACGACCCCAAGGACUACGAGGAGCUGCACGAGAUGGCGCUGGACCAGGAGCUCUGUAUCCACAUCACCGAGGAGAUGCUGACCAUGUCCCCGGAGCAGAACCACGGAUACUCAGGUCUGAUAGUGAAGGACGUCAGCUCCUCCACCUCCAGCUCCUCGGAGACCGUCGUCAAGAUGAGAGGACAGAGCAUCGAGUCGCUGCCGCAGACGUCCGUCUGCAGGAAGGCUCCGUCGUCCACCGACCGCCACAGCCAGUCGCUGGACGACGUGCGGCUGUACCAGAAGGACUGCCAGCAGUGGGCGGAGCUGUGCCAGGACACGGCGCACAGCUACACGUUUGGCUGCGCGCAGGAGCUGAGCGACGGUGGGGGCAACGGCGGUGGCACCGGUACCGGCACCAACUACCCCGGCCUGGCCGAGCAGCGCGCCGGCAUGCUGGCCGAGCAGCAGCCGUUCCCCAUCAAGAGGACCAACAAGUACUUCUCCCUGGACCUGAGCAGCGACGAGGUGCCCGAGUUCGUGGUGUGACGGAGGCGCGGCGGCCGCGGUAGGGAGCCAAAUCAAGGCCAAAAGUUUUGCUAAUUUGAAAAUAAAAUUUGAACCUG